AUGGCUACAUCAGCCAGUGCAACUCCAACUAAAGCAAAGCGUAAAUUGGCGCUAGUGAUGGGAAUCGGCAAAUACCAAAAUAUCGUUGCAUUAUCCAAUCCAGAAAAUGAUGCCGACGAUAUGACAUCUGAACUCAAAAGCAUUGGUUUUACUGUUACGAAGGCAUUACAUUUAACACGUGAUAGCAUGGACAGCGUUCUGGAGGAAUUCAAAAAGUCGAUUCAACAAAGUGAUAUGGUCUUAUUUUAUUUCGCAGGGCAUGGAGUACAAUGGAAAGAACAAAACUAUUUGUUACCAGCAGAUAUUCCAAAUGUGUCUGGGAUUGAUUUGAACGAAAAAGCAAUUAAUGCGCAGCGUUUUCUGGAUGAUUUGAACGAUAGAAAACCAUUUGUAACAAUCUUUCUGUUAGACUGCUGUAGGACGUCUUACCACACUACAUUCCAAAUAGAUGUUCAGAAUGCGAAAACUGAAGAAUCUAAAUUAGCUGGUUUUAAGGAAAUGCAGGGAGCUGGCGCAUUGAUUGCAUUUGCUUGUGCUCCAGGGAUUCCAGCUAUAGAUACAGCAACUGGACAAGUGCAACGAAAUGGUCUAUUUACAAAAUAUUUGUUGCGGCACAUUAAAACUCCAAAUGAAGACAUUCGAAUGAUAUUAUCUGUUGUAAGGAAGGAAGUUCGACAGGACUCAAAAUCAAGACAGAUUCCCUUCGUUAGCGACGGAUUAUUAGAGAAGAAUAUAUAUCUGUGUGAUCAGCCACGGCGACCAACAAAUGUUCACAACUAA